AUGGUCCCAUGGAUGAUGGAUCCCUCGUGGGCUAUACUAGCAGCCCGUGGACGGCCCGCCAGGAUGUUUAGUGCCGAACGUCCGUACUCUACCAUACUUUUUGCCCGCGGUUGGGAGGUCGUGGGAACGGCUGGGCGGGCUUGCGUAUCCGGCUCCGACGCGAGGGGUGAGGGUGAGGGCGAUGGCAAAUAUGGACACGCAAACCACCAGUGUAUGAUGACGGAUCGGGACUGGUUCCUCGUCUUUCAGCUUAUGGUAACGACCACGGAGUAUACAGAGAAGGUGGCGCGGGCCGCUCUGCAGUCACACGCAGUGUGCUGUGCUAUGACGUUCGUCGGGCAUGCUUGGGUCAAUUAUGGUAGUCUACCAUAUGGCACAUCCCGCAACAUUCCUGCGGCGGCAAAAAAUAGAAAAGGAAAAGGAAUAGGAAUAACAAAACAGAAAAAGACAAGAAAAGAAAAGAAAAGAAAAAAGUGGCCAGGAAAGCAGGCUGGCAGCUCCGAAACUAUUCUUGGAGCCAACCGCAUUGACGAACCGAUGAUCUGCUUCAUCCCUGUUAGAGUCAAGGAUCUCUCGCGCUGGUUCAUUCGCCCCGAGGCAGCAAACCCUAUGGACCAGGAUGCCUGUUCCCUCCUGCAGAUGUCAUCGUUAACCGUUGUACGCAAUGGUUCUCCCGGCAUGAUUGCCUUCAGUGACGAAGCCCUGCACAGCCCGCAUGGUGACUCUUCGCCUCGGGCACAACAUGGAGCUCCGAGUCUCAAGAACCCUACCGCGGAGCAUUUGAUCUCAUCAUGCCCACAAAAGCUUGAUCAGACUCUCCGCUCCAGAUGAUAAUCUAGUCCAAUCAAGCUAUAGAGUAUGGAGUAACAAGAAUUAAUAAUAAUGGUCACCCUCCUCCUUCAUGAUAAUAGCUUAUUAGAUUGAUGGCGCGUCGCCGUCCUAUGUGUUGCCAAAUCCGGAUAUCUCUUGGCAGGAUAUCUUAUCUAUCAUAGAGUAUAUACCUAUUUGUGUUUUUGCACCGCGUGGUCCACAUUGUGAGGUCAUUGCUAGAUGUGUUCGAGAAACGAGAACUACUUUGGGGGGGAAGAUAUAUUUAGUCGUGGCAAUAACCAUUAAUUGGCCUAAUGCUCGAAGCUAACCAUAUUUUAGGCGCUGCGUAUAACUGUUCAUGCCUAAUUGGUCUUCUUGGGGGUAUAGCAUGCAGCUACAUCAGGAAGCUGGUAGCUAGAUCGCACGAGAUGAAUCGCUGGCCCAGUAGGGUAAAGAAAGAUAUCAGCCGACAAGGACUAAAAGAAAUUUCCCUUCUUGGUCCUGUCA